AUUGGGUCUCUCUCUAUCUAUCACUCUGUGAUUCUUAGCCUCUCUAUCUCUCUCUAAGCAUUUUUAUCCAUUGGAGACCAAACAAUUACAUCUUACAUAUAACCUUGCAGGCCCCUCUCCCUCUUAAACUCUUUAAGAGGAUUCUUUUGAACUCCUCGUUCUCUUUCUAUCCAUUUAUAUCGAAAAAAGAGAUGGGCUCUAUCUCUAGUGCCUACAUAACAACAUUAUUGAUGAUACUUCUAUGUACUAGCAGUAGCAUGCUGUUAGUAUGUGAAGGGCAGCAGCUGACCUCCAACUUCUAUGAUUCGACCUGCCCCAACGCCCUCUCCACCAUCCGCACUGCCAUUCGCACUGCGAUUUCGGCAGAGAGGCGCAUGGGAGCCUCCCUUAUUCGUCUCCACUUCCAUGAUUGCUUUGUCAAUGGGUGCGAUGCAUCGCUGCUGUUGGACUCGACUUCCUCUUUCGAGAGCGAACAGAAUGCCAUUCAGAACAUUAACUCUGCUAGAGGCUUCCAUGUCAUCGAAAACGCAAAGUCGAGAGUGGAAAGCAUAUGCCCAGGCGUGGUCUCCUGCUCCGACAUCCUUGCAGUUGCAGCAAGAGACUCUUCUGUAGCGAUGGGAGGUCCAUCCUGGACAGUGAAUCUAGGGCGCAGAGACUCUGCAACUGCAAGCAAAGACGAGGCAGAGAGAGAACUCCCUCUCUUCACUGCUCCCUUGGAUGAUCUCAUCUCUCUCUUCGGCAGAAAGGGACUCAGUGCCAAAGACAUGGUUGCUCUCUCCGGUGCACACACCAUAGGCCAAGCCCAGUGCUUCACAUUCAGAGACAGAAUUUACAACCACACCAACAUCGAUGCCGGCUUUGCUCGCAAAAGACGUGGUAACUGCCCUUCAACUGGAGGGGACUCCAACCUCGCAGCUCUUGACCUUGUUACACCCACCAGCUUCGACAACAACUACUUCAAGAUUUUGAUGCAGAAAAAGGGUUUGUUGGAAUCGGAUCAGGUGUUGUUUAAUGGUGGAUCGACUGAUGACAUAGUGAGGUCUUAUAGUAACAGUCGAAGUGCCUUCUACUCCGAUUUUGCGGCGGCUAUGGUGAAGAUGGGGGACAUUGAACCUCUUACUGGAUCAGCAGGGCAAAUCAGGGCAAGGUGCUCUGUGCCCAAUUGACUGGUGCAAGCGCCAAAAGCAAUGGAUGGAAUUUCAACUGGUGUCGGAUACUAAGAUUGUAUUUGUUUAAUUCUUUUUAUUCUUUACAUUCAAAUCAUUCUUAAGAGGGAUUGUGGUUUGUUCUAAUAAGUUGUUCAUUGGUAGUGGAAGAGCUAUUGUAAUUGUAUAGU